AUGAAUUUCGUCUACCUCUUUCUCCUGGCAUUUUCAGCCAUCGUCUCUGCCGAGAUCUCUAUCGAGGCCUCCAUUCUGAACCGCCUCCUUCAAUUGGACAUUGGCUUGUAUGGAACCUUCAUCCUCCUAGACAGAUUCGACGAUGGAGCAAACGUCACUCUAAGUGAUAUUGUCGUCUUCUACAACACCGUGACAGCUCCAGGCCAAAGCUCGAUCCAGCCGUUCUCCAGUCCCUGUGACGAAGCGAUCCAGUUCAGUAUUUGCCAGGCAUAUCAUUCGUUUGCCCUAACAAGUAUCAAACUGUAUAACGAGUUUGCCGACGGCGCCGAUGACUUCGAUAAGGGCUUGAGGAAUAACCUACGGGAGGGAUUCAAUCGCAUAUACAUUGAGAAUUCGGGCUUUGUUGACAACAUCGCUCCCGUUGGUCUUCCCCUUUGCUUUGAAAGCAUCCAACAAGACUGCUGGGCUUUGAACAAGGUGUUUCUGCAGGCUUGGAAUGCACUUGAUCCGGCUGCAAAACAGUAA